AUGAAUUCGUACCCUGCCGAAGAACCGCCUAAACAAUGUCCCAUAAAUUCAACCAUCGCCAUCAACAUAUUCUACACCCAAAUCCACCUCAAGCCACCCGGUCGCAAACAUCCGAAGCCUUGCAUCGUGCAACUGCUUGAUCUGGGCACGAAUCCGCUCCUCCAGGCCCUCCUUGGUUCGCUGAAGACUGCACACAAGACCCUGCUGUGCGGCAAGCUGACUGCGUGCAUUGUCCAGAUCUUCGGUGGCCUUGUGCAAUUUGCCCAUUGCAUCAGCGAGCCGUUUGUUGAGAUCCUUGUUCGUGACGCCGAGUCCUGCAAUCUCAGCCUGAGCCUUGGCGAGUUCUUGGGUCUUCUGCUUGACUUCGGUCUCCUUGGCGAUGACUUCCUUCUUGAUUGUUGCGAGCUCCUUCUCGAGCUUCUCGAUGAGGGCUUCGCGCUUGCGGUCCUUCUCGGCAUCUACACACUUCCAGCGCUCAACUUCUGCCUUGAGAUCUUGACACUUGGCAUCCAACUGCAUGUAGCGAUGCUCGCUGCCGUCAAGAUCACGCUUGAGUUGCAUGUUGAUGGCUUCCUUCUUAGCCACGGUCACGCCGAGACUGUGGAUUUCUCCCAUGGAAAUGUCGAGCUGCACCUCGAGAGACUGGUUUGCAGCGGUGAGCUCCGCAAUUCUGCGUCGAAGGCCGGCAUUCUCAUCUUUCAACGGGCCCAGCUGCUUCUCAGCUUCACGCGCUCUCUCCGCCUGAGCGGCCGCUUCUUUCUCCAGGCGAGCCUUCUCAAUCUCAUGCUCGGCAGCUUUCUAUAG